AUGGAGAAAAGAGGCGGCGGCAACAACAUCAACCUUGACCGCUCCCUCUCAUUCUCCUCCUCCUCAAGAAUCCUCUACAGGCCUACCAAACCAUCAGAAGCCACUUAUGUCGUAAGCAAGGUCGAUAACGAGAAGAUCAAGGAGGAGGGAAGGGUGAGAGGGAGUGUAGACUUUUACUUGUUCGAUUACUAUGGUUCUGGUAAGGUCGAAGCCAAAAAUGUGAAGAAAAAGAAGAAACAUAAGUUUCUUUUGUCGAACAACGCAUAUGGAUUCAGUCGCUCUUCUGACGAUAAUCUGUCCAAUUCUGCGAGCAGCGAUGAUGAGUCGGAGAACCCAUGGUCAAAGAGUUUCCCUCCUGAUUCCUUUGAGUUCUAUAAGCGCCCUUCUUCGAGAAAGAAGAAGAAGAAGAAGAAGAAGAAGAAGGAGAAUGAGAAACACAAUUUGCCUUCAUCGUGCAGUGGUAUUCCGGUGAUGAAGAUAUCGACAGACCCUUACGUUGAUUUUUGCGAUUCGAUGGUGGAUAUGAUCCUAGAGAGGCAGUUGUUUGGAACCAAGGAUCUUCAGGCAUUGCUGCUUUGCUACCUGUCUUUGAAUUCUCCGCAUAAUCAUUCCAUCAUACUUAGAGCCUUCGCUGAUGUAUCUCAAGUUCUCUUUGGUCAUUGA